AUGAAAAUGGCUUGGUUCAUCGUCCCCGUCGCUCUGUUGCUGCUGCCUGCUGUCAUUGCGGUGUAUCGCCUGGUGCUACACCCUUUGGCCCAUGUGCCCGGUCCGAAGCUGGCGGCAAUAACCAACGCGUAUGAGUUGUAUUUUGAUGUCGUGCGAGGCGGGCAAUACACAUUCGAGAUUCAGCGAUUGCAUCAGAUAUAUGGCCCCAUCGUUCGCAUCAGCCCCAACGAGCUUCAUGUAAAUGAGGCGGCUUUUAUCGAUGAGUUAUAUGCGGGUCCAGGCAAGAUUCGGGAUAAAUAUGACCACGCAACAGGGCAGUUUGGGAUUCCGGACAGUGUUUUUGGUGCCAUUCACCAUAAUCUUCAUCGCAUGCGCCGAGCAGCCUUGAAUCCCUUCUUCUCCAAAGCAUCGGUAACCAAGCUUGAGCCCGUCAUCUAUGCGGCCGUCGACAAGCUCUGUUGGCGGCUGGCGCGCGAACUGGCUCAGUCCGGGUCGACCGUCGACCUGACUAUGGUCUUUAGUUGCAUGACUACCGACAUUGUUACCAAGUAUGCGUUUGCCGAGUCCUCGCGCUUCCUCGAUUCGCCCACCUGGCAGCCCAAUUUUCAUCAGGCUAUUCUAUCAGGAACACGCAUGGGUGCUCUCGCUCGGCAUGUCCCUCUACUGUUUCCUGUCCUUCGCGCAUUACCCGUGAGACUCAUGUCCAAACUAUCCCCAGAUACUGGUGUUUUCCUUCAAUGGCAGGAGGACAUGAAACGGAAAGUGUCGGAAAUCUGGCAGGAGCAGAGCCAGCAGACGGACAAACCUCAAACGCAGCCGCAUGCCACUAUCUUUCAUGAACUUUUCCACGCCGAUCUGCCUGAGUCCGAGAAACAUCCGGAUAGAAUGUGGCAAGAGGGCCAGAUUGUGAUCGGCGCCGGGACGGAGACCACGGCCUGGAGUAAUUCGAUCCGUAUUUCGAUUGAAAGCUCUCGUAGCUGA